AUGCCAGGACUUCGGUUCUUUUGCUGCCCACGGUGUGCCUCUCACCAAUUCUCCUUAAGGUCACUGUUUAGGCACCUGCGCACUACCCAUGGCCAUGAAACAAAUUGGGUGUGCGGCUUGAGUGGCUGCAUGCAAACAUUUCGUCAGUUUUUUUCGUACAAGAAGCACGUAUACCGAAAACAUGCUGCAUUCAUGGAAGGAAUGCGCCCCCGUGACAUUUUGCGGCUAGGGAUGGCACGAAGAAGUACAAAUGCAGCACCUGAUGUACCUUCAGAAGAUGCAGAGUGUCUAGAUGUGCAGGCCGAACAGCAUGACUCUGCAAGUGACUAUGCUUAUCAACUGGCAGCACUACUUCUCAAAUGGAAGGAAGGAAGGCGGCUACCUGAAGCCACUGUACACGAAUUAGCCAAUGAUGUUAUUGACUUCGUGGAAGCCAUCGCACACCAUCAACAGAUACAACCUCAAGACGAGCCAGCCAUCAACAUAGAAGAGAUUUGCAAGCAGCAACUUGACCAGCUACGGACAAAAUCUGGCCGGACAAAUUACUGGAAAGCACAUUUUCCACUUGUUGAAUCCCGUACGGUUGUGUUGCAUGGAGGUGACACCACGGAAUACGUUCCUGUCUGUGAAGUGCUCACGUGCAUUCUUGAACAUUCACAACUUUCAAAUGAGUGCAGCAGUUACCCCUUUGCAGAUGGUUACAUGCAUGCGGUAUUUGAUGGAAGUGCAUUUCAAAACAAUGAGUACUUUGCAGGUGAUACCAGUAAACUUUGCCUGCAGUUGUACAGUGAUGAGUUUGAAGUGUGCAAUCCACUAGGCAGCAAGAGAGGAAAACAUAAAAUGACUGGUGUCUACUACUCGGUGCUAAAUUUUGAUGUGAAGUUACGGUCGGCACUGUCAGGUAUUCAUCUCUUACUCCUUGUCAAAGAUAAACAUAUUGCCACCUAUGGAUUUUGUAAGAUUCUUGAGCCAUUCAUUACAGAUGUCGGGAUACUAGCAAAUCAUGGCAUAACUGUGAACGGAAACCUGGUAAAGGGAUCUGUUUUCAUUUUCACUGGUGACAAUUUGUCUAGCCAUAGAAUUGGAGGCUUCAAAUGCACAUUCAGCCAUGGAAGAAUUUGUAGGCACUGCAUGGCUCUGCGGAACGAAACUGACUACAAGCAUUUAGAAGGCGAUUUUGUGCUUCGCUCGCCGAAAGGGCACAAACACCACUUGAGUAUGUUGAGUGCAGGACUGCCAACUCUGUCAUUGUAUGGGGUCAAGGAGCCAUGUGCUCUUUUGUGCCCCGGCUUUGAUGCGACGCUACACCUUCCUCCAGAUAUAAUGCAUGACCUGCUUGAAGGAGUCAUACCAUUUGCACUGCGGCAUAUAAUCUCUUCAUUAAUUGAACAACGAUUCUUUUCACUUGGUGAGUUGAACAAAAGCAUGUCAAAAUGGAUUUAUGAUCCUCAUGAUAUUGGCAGCAAACCAGAGCCCAUUUCUAAGCCAUAUCUUCUAGGAAAAGCUGUUUUGAAGGGGUCGGCAACAGAAGUAUUUUGCCUAUUUCGAAACCUAACAUUCUUUGUUGGGGAUAGCGUCCCUUCAGACAAUGCAGUUUGGCAGCUUUACCUACUUCUCCGAGAAAUUGUUGACAUUAUACACAACUCCCAGGAUUGUCUUUACAUUCCCAACGGUGCCCUUGAGCCACAUGUGCUCACUGCAGCUCUCUCUUACCCUUUACCAGUCCUGUCCCUUCACUAG